CUCCCCUUCUCCUGGUAACCCGCCAUCAAUGCUCUGAUGUCUGCUUCAUCUCCUUCUCUCCCUUCUACCACCACAGGAAUGAGCAUGUCUAUGAGCGGCCUCAUGUCCACAUCCAUGGAGUCGCCCACCGCAACGACCGCGUCGGCAGCAGCGACAACAACGGAGAGCUCGUCCGGUAGCUCGCAGGGCACACCCAGCUCCUUAUAUCUCUUCACCUUCCUCACGACGCUCCUCCUCCUGCUUACCGUAUCCUUCGGAAUCGUCUUACGCUCAUUCGUCCUUCGGCGCCGUUUCCGGAGACGGGUGGAAGCUGCGAUUGCUGCAGGCGUACUCCUUCCUGGAUCGCUCACAACUGGAAGAGGAGAUAGGAGAUUCCAGGAGAAGCCAAAGUUGUGGGAGGUAUGGAUGGACGAGGAGAAGGGCGUGAAAGCUGACGGUGCCGCGUGGGACGACAUCAUGCCUAUAUCAGCACAAGUGCUUACACACAGCGUCUCUCCACCCGAUUCGCCACCUCCCCCAACUCCCGGCCCACGAGGCAUCUUCUCCCACCUCCCGCUUCCUUUCCACCGUCGUCCCCCACCGCCGCCGAAUCCCAUCACCCCCACGACCACUUCGGCACCUCUCGAUCCUCCUAUGCCUUCAGGACCCGAAAACGUCCAGGUCACGGUGCUUAUCGCGAUGCCCUCUGCCUCCCGCGCCCUAUCGGACGACUCAAGCAGCGCGGACCUGAAAGGGAAAGGCAAGGCUUCCGGUACUGCAGACGAAGAGGAAGACGAGGAACUGCCAGAAGUGUGCUUCGGCACAGCAGAAGUCGUGGUGAGAGACAUCUCUAGCCUACAUCUGGCACCGGCACCCAAGGAACAGCCGGAGAACCCGGAGAGCCGUUAGCAGGAAUGUGCGCGCGAGGGAAAGGAGGUCUAGAUGCCGAGCAGGACGAAGCUGUUAGAAGAUGUAUAAUUUUUACCCCAAAUCCUCUCGCUGUCUGUCCUAUACCCCUCGCGUUGUCUUUUCUUUCCUAUGGGACAGUUGGCUGAGGUUGGCACCAUGGUCGUUUGCAAUGACAGCACGUGAUGAAC